AUGUCAGCCAAAGAACCAGUUCAGAAAACUAAUCAUUCUCCUAACGAUUCAGAACAUAGUGAUAGCGAAGAGGGAAUAAAACAUAGGACACACAGGUAUAACCUAACACCUGUAGAAAUUCAACGUCUACAAUUAGAAAAAUUAUUAAGAAAGGUCGAUAAGCCCGUUAAUAUUCCUGAAAUGGUAGAUAAACCAAAAUUAAAACCUCCAAAGGAUAUCGUUAGAAAUGUUCAAGGAUCUAGUGCCGGUGCUGGUAGUGGUGAAUUUCACGUUUACAGAGCUCAUCGUCGAAGAGAAUAUACCAGAUUGAAGAUCAUGGAGGAGGAAACAAAAAAGGAGGAAGAAAGACAGGAUUUCGAAGAAAAGGUGGCAGUAGUUAAAGCACAAGAGGAGGAAAAAACGGCAAAAAAGAGAGCAAAACGACAAAAGAAGAAACAAAUUAAAAAACAAAAUAUUAAAAAGGCAAAGACAAAACAGGAAGAUAAAGACAAACAAACCGAUACUAAUGAUGAUAAUAAAGACUUAAGUACAGAAUUAAGGAAUGCAUCAUCGAAUUCAGAUACGGAAGGGAAUAAUGAGUAA